CUUCCGUUCCACAGCUCAGGUUGACUUUUCCUAAGAAUCUAUUCUUUCUAUAUUAGCUAUGGCAUUUUUUUUUCGCAUCAAACAAAGUGUAGUAUGUUUUUCAGAUCACAAAAGUUUUUGAAACGUUGAUUAACAGCUGAUACUUUUGCUUGAACGAGAUGGACUUUAUCAAGGUAGUUAAUAUCGCAAAGCCAACUUGAAUUAUUUAGGUGACAAGUAUCAGUUCGGGUAGAUUUUAUGUUGAUUUGAUGAAGGGAAAGUGACAAGGCUUUAUAUGCUGACCCCCAUAAGUACGAUUAAUAUAUUGGCGCUGGGCAGUAAAGUAGACAAGAAGGGAUUUGAAAAAGUCGAGAAGAUGGUCAGCAUUGGUCAUGAAAUAAGUGAGCCAUUAACCCACAAGAUUGAUUUCUAUGGAUGCCGCAGCCGAAAGGAUGGAUCCUUUCAAUAUUUAGUAUAACGAGGUACUCUUACCUAUUUUUAAAGAAUCGAUAAUAGACUCCAAGUGUAUUGCAGGGGUGUAGAUAUCUUGUAUGUAUAGGGACUCGAAACCACAUAGAUUG